AUGGAGAGACGCUGUUCGGCGCUCUUGGUCCGUAUGUCCCCGCCACUUUCCCAAACUCAGGACUUCCCUUCGGAAGGCGCUGGACGCGUCGGCGUCAACGGGUCUGUAUGGGAUAUCAUACGGACCCGUUACCCACCGGGCACAGCACUACCCGGCUCUCAGCAGGCGGAGGAGGAGGAUGGGGAUGGGGAUGGGGAUGAGAAUGCAGUGCAGUACCAGUCUGGUCUGUAUGGGAGCAAUGGGAACAGCUCUAGCCCCGUGGCCGGGCGCGGGAGUUCAUCCAUCAUGUGCGAGCGCUGCAGGGAGGCGUGUCGAGGAGAGGUGGUUCGCGUCAAGAACACACACUUCCAUGUGAACUGUUUCACCUGCCAAGUGUGUGGCUGUGACCUGGUGCGCGCUGGCUUUUUCCAUCACUCUGGGGAGUACAUCUGCACAGAGGACUACCAGCGCCUGUACGGGACCCAGUGUGACAGCUGUGACCAGUACAUCACAGGAGAGGUGGUGUCCGCCCUGGGCAGAACAUAUCACCCCCGAUGCUUCGUCUGCAGCAUCUGCAGGAGCCCGUUCCCUAUCGGAGACAGGGUGACCUUCUGCGGAAAGAAGUGUGUGUGUCAGCAGUGUUCACAUACUCUGAACAGCGACAAGCCCGUCAAGGUCCAUGGACCAAGCUACUGCUCCGGCUGUGGAGAGGAGAUCAAGCAGGGUCAGUCCCUCUUGGCCCUGGAGAGACAAUGGCACGUCAGCUGUUUCAAAUGUCACACCUGUGGCUGCACGCUGACCGGGGAGUACAUCAGCAAGGACGGAGUACCGUACUGUGAGUCGGACUACCAUGCACAGUUCGGGAUCAGAUGCGAGACUUGCAACAGAUUCAUCAGCGGCAGAGUGCUGGAGGCGGGAGGGAAGCACUACCACCCCAGCUGUGCCAGAUGUGCCCGCUGUCACAUGAUGUUCCUGGAAGGAGAGGAGAUGUAUUUAACAGGUUCAGAGGUUUGGCAUCCAAUGUGUAAAGAAGCAACUCGAAUGGAGAGAAAGCUGAGGCUGAGGCGAACUUCUGAGACGGCGUCCAUUUCUCCUCCAGGCUCCAGUAUCAGCUCUCCACAUAGACUCAUCUGUGGCAAAGCAGACAGUGACUCUUUAGACUACAAGCAGUUGACGGCUUUGCCCAGAGUGAAAGCCAUCUAUGAAAUCCAGCGGCCCGAUGUCAUUCCAUACCAGGCCUACCACAUGCACACACACCUCUCAGAGGACACACUGGAGCGAUACAGCUGCAGACAGUCAAUGGGCUCCUUGUCUCCUUACUCUCAGGACCUCUUAGAGAGUGUAGAAAUAAGAACAAGACGUUCCUCCAGCCCUGCCUACACCGACUCUCCUUCACACAGUCGCCUUGGAGGCUCCCCAUUACACUACUGUCACCCCGAAAGUGAGAGUGGCAGGAGUUCGCCCUAUCACAGUCAGCCAGACCCCAGGUCUACCACACCCACCACCUACCAAGCCCCCAAGCAUUUCCAUGUACCAGCAUCUGACGUGACCAACAUCUACAGGAAACCUCCCAUCUACAAGAGACAAGGCGUUUCAGACCCGGACUUCAUUUACCCUGCAGCCUGCGCCAGCUUGCUUCCAGCUCUUCCAGCUCCUCUGACGGUCUUGUUGGAGAGUUAA